AUGUCUCGCCCGCCUCCCGUCCCGCCACCCGUGCCUCCCGUAUCGCCGUUGUCGAUCGAUACGGCCGGCCACCAAUCCCUGGACGACGAUUGCCGGGUCUGGUCGCCUGCACGGGCGUGGCGUGAGUCGCCGCGGUGGCAGAGGUCGGCGGAUGGGAGCCAGCCUCACCCGGCGGGGCUCGGCGAGCCCUUCCUCGACGAACGUGUGGCCUCAGGUGCCUCGCCGCUCACCAAUGAGCGGGUCGUAGCCGCUCUGCUGCCGAACCAGGCGUCGAGCAUAUCCAGCUCCGGGGAGCACGAGCCGUGGCCACCGGCGGACGGCGUCCCGGUCCAUAGCGGGGACGAGCUGCCGCCCUUCCGCUUCAGCUGGCGGAGGCUGUGGCGUUUCCUGGGCCCGGGCUUCCUGAUGAGUCUGGCUUACCUCGAUCCCGGCAACCUGGAGAGCAACCUGCAGGCGGGGGCCUACACGGGCCUGCGGCUGACGUGGGUGCUCUGGUGGGCGACGAUGAUGGGGCUGGUGAUGCAGGAGAGCGCGGCGCGGCUGGCGCUGGUGACGGGCUGCGACCUCGCCCAGCUCGUGCGCGCGAGGUACCCGCGCUGGCUCAACUACGUCGUGUACUUUAACAUGGAGGCCGCGGUCAUCGCGGCAGACUUCCAGUGGUGCGGCCUCGACACCUUCACCUUCCUCGCGGUGCAGCAGCUCGGCGUGCGCUACCUCGAGCUUCUCAUCUGCGCGAUGAUCGGCGCGAUGGCGGUCUGCUUCUCUCUCAACUUGGGCCACACCGGGGCCGAGCUGCUGCGCGGGUGGGCGCUACCCGGCCUGCAGAGCUACGCCGUCACGCAGGCCGUCGGGACGGUCGGCGCCGUCAUCAUGCCGCACAACCUCUUUCUGCACUCGGGGGUGGUGCUGUCGCGCCGCGUGCCUCGCUCGACGCCGCGCCGCGUCAACGAGUCGAUCUGGUACACGCGGAUCGAGUCGACGCUCGCGCUGCUCCUCUCCUUCUACAUCAACCUCGCCGUGGUCGCCACCAACGACGCGAGCUUCUUUGACCCCGCGUGCGCCACGCAGCCCGACGGGCCGAAGGCGUGCUUGCCUGCGAGCGCGGCCGAUACGACCAUCACCUCGCACCACUGCGACCGGCCGGGCGGAGGAAAGGGCGUGUGCGGCGAGCUCGGCCUUCUCGCCGAGGGGUACGCGCUCGAGGCGAGCCUCGGGCCGACUUCGCUCUACGUGUGGGCCAUCGGGCUGCUCGCCGCGGGCCAGGCGUCGACGAUGGUGUGCACGUACGCGGGACAGAUCAUCAUGGGCGGCUGCCUCGAGCUCUCCCUCGCGCCGUGGAAGCGCGUCGCGCUCACGCGCUCCCUCGCCCUCGGGCCCGCCCUGCUGGUGGCGGCCUAUACCGCGCCCAACCCGGCGCUCUUCUCCAACAUCAACGAGUACCUCAACGUGCAGCUCCCGUUUGCAGUCUUGCCGGCGCUCACUUUCGCCGCCUCCAAGCCGCUGAUGGGCCCCUUCCGCACGCGGCGCGCGCUGCUCGCCGUCUCGUACGCGGUCGCCACCGUCAUCAUCGCCGUCAACAUCUACCUCGUCGCGCAGAGCGUCGCGCACCUCUCCUCGCUCGCGGCGCUCGCCGCCUUCGCCUACUCGGCGCUCUACGUCGCCGUCUGCAUCCGGAUGGCAUGCGGCUGA